AGAGGAGGCAAGGGAAAAGAUAAUCGAGGAAGCAAAGGAAAAGCUUGUAGCAGAUGAGCGGGCAUUUUGGGGAACCAAAUUUGCUGAACUUGAAGCCAAGAUAAUUGCCAAAGAAGCUGGGAACUGUGAUACUCCCAAACCACAUGUUUCUAGUCAAGGGAGUUGUUCACACACAAUUGAUGAGACAGGUCAAGAAGAACUGCCAAAAGGUGCAUUGGAAGAAGAAAUGAACCAUGUGGAUGGAAAAGCAAUUCAUGGAGCUUUAGAUAUGAUUGAAAACAAGGUUAUGCAACGUAAAAGGAAGGGUUCAAAGGUGAUGAAGGGAGGCCCUUUGGAUGUUUCUCCAUGCUUGAAGGACCUUAAUCAGUUGAAAAACAUGGUUUAGAAAGAGACUUUGGAAGAAAAUGUGUCACCGAAUGAUAUUCAAGUGCCACAGCAUGUGGAGGGGGCAGAAUAUGUGGAUUUGACAUUGCUUGACUCUUCAAAAAAGUCAUCUGGAGCAGAGAUUAAAUGCAAGUUGGCAUUAGGUUCUGUUGAACAUGUUGUUGCUUAUGCUACUGUUAUGGACUGUGAUGAUAACAAUCAGCUUAUUCAUGGUGCUCCACUUGGGGAUGAUAAUCUGCGUGUUUCUAUCUAUGAGGCGGUUGAGGAGAAAGCAAAGGUCCCAUUUCCGAUUAAAGAUGAAAUUGAAACUGUUAAGCAGGCUAUGGGGAGUUGGGUAGCAUGGCCUAAAGAGCUAAUCAUAAGGUCACUUGUGAAGAAACCUAUCAAGGAUAAUGCUGAGAAGAAAAAGAAAAAGAAAGAGACAGUCAAUGAAGACUCAGAGGUACAAUUUAGCUUGGCGUCAAUGGCACCUACAUUACCAGAAUCAUUGAAGAUGCUAUGUCAGUGGGGUGAAGAAAAAUUCAGAGACGGGCGUACCAUCAGCUUCCACAUUGAACCUGAUGUCUUUUGAUAUUCUCGCAAGACCUUUCUAAUGGGAUCAGAUGUUCGGCGACUUGCAAGCAUGAGGGAAGUUAGUGGAACUUGCAUUGUUGUGUAUCAAAGGUAUCUCUAUGAGCAGUUGAUUGCUUAUAAAAUGGUAGACAUGGUUGCAUUCAUUGACCCUUCUCUAAUUGGUGCAAGUGGGUCUGGGAAUGGAACUGUUAGGGCCCAACACAUUAGAGAUAGGCUUGUAACUGCAAAACCAGGACAAAUGUUCAUGUUGCCAUAUAAUUCGGGGUAAGUCCAUGAAAGUUCUAUUUUUCGUAUAUUGUUUGCAAUCAAUUUGUGCCAUGUUGAACAUAUAUUCUAUUACAAGAUAUAUGACUAUUUUGUAUGCAUGUAGUGAUCAUUGGAUGUUGACAAUUGUUGAUCCGGACCAAGACACUGCCUAUUUUUUGGAUCCUCUGAAAAGACGCUUACCCACUGGAGAUUGGAUGUCUAUAGUGGAAACUGCACUAGGUAUGUAUAAUUCUGAAAGGAAGAGGAAAGGCCGGAAUUCAGUUAUGUGGAAAAAUUUGGCUGGCAUUCCUCCCCAACCUAGCAACAAGGAGUGUGGGUACUUUAUCAUGCGAUACAUGAGGGAUAUUAUUGAGGAUAAAGACCUGUCAUUAUUUCCUGUAAAGUGGGAGAGGAGAGAUAGCAGCCACUAUACCCAAGCAGACAUUGAUCAGAUGCGAAAUGAGUGGGCAAAGUUUGUGGUCAAGGCGUAUGUGUAGGAGAUGAAGGAAAGCAUUUCCCAUGACAUAGGUUGUUGCUGAAGGAAAACAUCAUUUUGGCGUGCUUCUCUGCUGGUACAAUAUCCAUGCACCAUGUCGCAUGUUUUGGAACAAAUAUUAUGUUUUUGUACCAGCUUUUGAUGUCCCAAGUAGAUGGACAUGCAUUUGAGUGCUUUUCUUCUUUUUAUUUUGGAUGGGAUGAUUGGGAAAUGCUCCAUUUUAACAUUUGAGGUUUAUAAUAUGGGUUGGAUUAUUCAUUUGAUA